CCACGGAGGGAGAGAGGCUGCCAGGCAGACAGAAGAGAGUGAGGCGGUCUGGUGGCCUUGCAUAACACACGUUGGAGAAGCCUCGCACGCAAGACCUGGUGUGGGCUUUUUGCACACAGGAAAGGGGGGGGCCUGGGGGAGGGGGGCACCUCCUCUGCCAUCAGGCCGAUUGCAAGGGGCAACGGAGGGGCAACUCUUGAACAGAGUCCUCACAAGAGGGGCUGGAGCACAAAGGAGAGGAUCGGGAAGAGGACGCUGCAAGGAAGCACGUCUCCAGGAUCCACAGUGGAAUCGUUGCACAUGCUCAGCAAGCAGUGGCGGUGGAAGGACUGAUUCCCACCAACGUGGUAGAAGAUCCAUCAAGGAUGAUUCCACAUGAAGUUAAUGGAGCUCAUUAUAUGAGCUGGAGAGACUCCAUCUUCUCUGCAUUGAGACCUGGAGCUGUAUGGUAGUGACCACACCCUGGCAAAAGGGAAAUACAUUAACACUGAGAAAGAGAGACUAUAGAAGUGCCAACAACUACAUUUAAAAGAUAUCUGGCACAAUGAAAUCCAAUCAGGAGCGGAGUAAUGGAUGCCUGCCGCCUAAAAAGCGAGAGAUCCUAGCACUGGAGCAGAGGCCAGUGGUGGUAGCUCCAGCAACUCCCCCCGUGGUCCAUCCUGAUCCCACUCCCCACACUGAGAACCUAGCAUGGCUGGCAAGUGUAGCCAGCGAACGCUGCAGGUCCAGAGACUCAGAGAGCCCAAGACAUCCCAACUCGUCUACUUCCUCUUCUUCUCCUCCGGCUUCCAUUGCAACAUCAUCUGCUCCUCUCUCUGCUGUGCCAUUGGCCUCCCUACCUGCAGUCUACCCCACAGCCAUUCCUCAGCACAGUGGAACCAUCCAGUUCGCUCAGCUUGGACCCAAUGUUCAGUUCAUCAGCUCUGGGCCCUAUGCUGGCUACAUCUCCUCUCACGUAGUCCCCGCAAAUACCAGCUCUGUGGGACAGCGCUCCCAGCUGGAGGGUUAUACCACCACCCUGAUAUCACCUAACAGCAAAGGGGAGCAGCAGUUCCACAUUGGCACCACUCCUACAGAGCUUGCACCUGUCUCACUCCCAAGCUCUCCACAAGUAACCAACCAGUACAUCCAUCUCGAUAACAGAACACCUCUGACUGUCAGCGGAACCACCGUCCCACCACCUGGAGCCCACCUUCAGCUCCACCCUCACUCUGCCGUCCUCCCUCAAACACUCACCCUGGCUCCCUCUCAGCUGCUGGUUCAGUAUUCAGAUGGUUCUGCGGGAAAGAAACCUGAGGUGCAUGCUAAGGGUGUGCUGAAUGGCGAGCUUGAAUUGGUCAAACAGAUUAAAGCUCCCGCUCAGAUGACAAAUCAUCAACAAGUCCAGAGCUAUGAGGCAAGGCACAUCCUUGUGCCUGCAGAGUAUGGCCAGAACCCAGCCGGACUCCAGACUUCCUUGGUGCUUGUGACCCAGCCAAAUCAAGGAGUUGAUCAAGAACAGAGUACCAAUAAGAUUUCCUUAGUUCAGACCGAGAAGGGAGGUAUCUGUUUGGGGAAACCCAUAUCGAGAUCUUCCUCUUUCUCCUCCCUCUCGUCGUCAGAGGUGGUGAAGUCUGUCACCCCCCAUGCAGUCAUGCAAACCACUCUUCCCCCUGAAGAGAUGCCAGUCAGUCUUUAUUCGUCCACGCAAGCACCCAUCAUUGGCUAUAUCACCAGUGCCAACCAGCAUGCAGUUAGCUACCACGCAGCACUGCCUCAGCACCUGGUCAUACCCAGUGGUCAGUCCUUACUCAUCCCAGUCAGUGGCGCCAACAACGGCACAGAAAUGGAGGCCAGCCGUGCUGUUAGCUCUCUGACUGCUACCACAACGCCCCAGAUAUCCACUGCCAUGCCUCAUGCCUAUCUCGCCACAGCCCUAUCCAAAUGUGAGCCAAUUGGCCCAGAUGGAAAUCAAGCACCUCCCGCUGCAGCCCCAGCCCUCCCUGCCUUGCCCUCAAACCCAGCCCCUGCAGUGAUGGCAACUCCCUCUCCAGUCCCAGCUCCGGUCCCUGUUCCUGUCAAUGCUCCAGUCUCCACUUCCAUCCAAGCUUCUCCCACCAUAUCCUCUCCCGCCUCCCCUGUGGCGCUCCCGCCCUUCUUCAUGAGAGGCUCCAUCAUUCAGCUUGCCGAUGGGGAGCUGAAGCGUGUGGAGGAUCUCAAAACCGAGGACUUCAUUCAGAGCGCGGAGAUCAGCAGUGAGCUGAAGAUCGACUCCAGCACCGUUGAGCGAAUUGAUAGUGGCCAGACUCCUAACGCUGUGGUCAUACAGUUUUCUGUGGGGGAGCUCAAAGCCCAGGUGUGUGUGGAGGUUCUGGUGGAAUAUCCCUUCUUCGUAUUUGGUCAGGGCUGGUCCUCCUGUUGUCCUGAUCGGACCACGCAGCUCUUUGAGCUGUCUUGUGCUAAGCUGUGCGUGGGUGAUGUCUGCGUGUCUCUGACCCUUCGUGGUCUUAGGAAUGGUUCACUACAAGACACCCAAGCUUUGGGGGCCAAGCUGAAGACCGCCUGUCUGUCGGACCCCUGCAACAACACAGAUCCGACACAUCAGAGGUCAAACACUGCAGGCAGUAAGAACGGCCUUCUUACGAAGGCCUCUGGUGUUGACAGGGAGCAGAUAUCUGGACCUGCAUCAGGACUGGGGCUACCUACCCAAAUGGGACUAAAUCCAAGAUCAGCGGAGGGGAUAUGUGGGGGAGGUCCCAUGCCGGUAACUGCAGACGUGAGACAGGGAUCAGAGAAAAUAGAUAUGCCCACGCUGUCUAAAAUACAGUGCAGAGAUCCAGACAGAAUCACUGUCCGCAAGAGAAGAUGGUCCGCUCCAGAGAGGGACCAGAAUGAGAGAGCGGAGGGGGAGCCUCCGUUGACUCUGCCCUCCAUCAUCCCUCAGGAGGUAAAAAUCAGCAUCGAGGGCCACUCAAGCAGUGGCACAGAAAGAUGCUUGAAUAAACCGUAGACUUUCGGGGGAAGGUAAAAUGAAAUUUGUUGGCAUUGUGUUCAUACCCUGUUGUGUUCCCUCUACUGAGACUACAAAACAUAGCAGAGUUGACACAGGACCACCAUUUUUAUUUCUGCCAUAUGUCAGACACCAAGUGCAGUGUGUUGGCGCACACGCUGUCCAAUCAGUGCAAUCAAUGCUGUAAGCAAAAAUGAAUGCAGUGUGAAUGUGGCGCGUGAGUGCUGGUAAGACGCCUAUUUGCGUGUCAGAACAGAUGUCCAUGUGGAGAAGGCCGAUCAUCAGUUUUGUUUUGUUUUUUUGCUUCUUUGGGUUGUAGUGAUGUCAUGAGUACAAUUAAGAAUGAAAAAAAACAACCACUUUGGAUGAUUUAUUUAUGUUAAUUUGGCAAUGACCACAGCAGAGAUCUUUUGAUGUGUCACACAUCUGUUGAGUUUUUAAUUAAUAUCAUUCAGUCGUGUUGCUGCUAGGGUUAGGCAUCAUUUCAGUUUGAUACCGGUUACAAUCCUGAUUCCUCGUUUCGAUUCCGGUUCCUAACGGUUCUCGAUUCCGAUGCUGUUAAUAGGCGGGGUCAUAUAAGUUUGCAACUUACUGGUUUGCAAGAGCUAACCAGAGUUCUUUUUGAUGAAAUUCUCCAUGAUUUUUUCAAUGAUAUGAACUUUUUAUCGACUUUAAUAUGAAUUUCUCACAGGGCUAUUUUCAACCAGUAUACAAAUAUCAAACCAUUCAACUUGAACAUCGAUGUUAUGAAGUUUCUUUAUACAGGAGUACAUUUUUACAAAAGAUGUUUACUUUUGAAAAGCUCAUCAAAAAACAUUUCCACGUAUGCUUUUAGUUGUUAUGUGUCAGUGAGUGUGUGAUGCUACAGGCACUUGAACAUACACUAACCUGGGUGGGUGCAGAAUAUCAAAGAAACAACUUGUCAAAAAUGUGUCUAUGAAAAGUACACAGCCUACCAUAUUAACACUAGUGUACCGUGUAUGCUGCCUCAAUAUUGGUGUAAGCUAUUUUUAAUGACGCCCUUAUUUUUGAUCACAAGUAAACAAGAUGUAGCCCACAGCGAUCCUGUCCUUGUUUUACACUGAACUUCCAUGACAUCAGUGGACAUCAUGAAACCCUUGGUUACAAUGGUAUGAGACAGACAUUCAUUUAUUGUUUAGAGUGCUUAGAGGAAGUCCGACGUUGCGCAUCAAAUACGGGGCACUCUGUUAUUUCUACACCAAUCAUGUUGGUCGUGCACCCUCCUUUGCAUGAUAUGUUGCAAAUGCACACUUUCUUCUUACAAAGUUAAGCCAAACAUUUUAGUUCUUCUUCGUUGGUAUUUCUUCCGGUCGGCAAAGCGAGCGUCGAAACUAGGAAUCGAAAUGAAAAAAUGCAAACGACCCCGGGAGAAUCGCAAUGCUCGUCCCGGCUCCCAUCGAUGCUCGAGACUGGAUGCCCAACCCUAGUUGCUGCAGAUGUGAGUGUAUGUGUUGAUGUGUUUGUGUGUUCAUCAGCACACGGAGUACAGGGAGUCAGGUAUGAAUGUAAACCACUUUUUGUCCUCAAGUUGUGAAGUGCUGUUUGCUGCACCAGCGUUAUGUGAGUUUGAUAUUCGAUGCGUUUGCAAUAUGUGUGUGACAGCGGUCGCACAUACACACAUUCCUUAUACUACAGUACUAAAGAAAGCAAGCAGCAGCAAUAUUCAGGUGUCUUCAGACCUUGCUGUUAUGCAGCAUGUCGAUGAUAAAGGAAAGAAAGUAUCUGGAUAUGUUUAUAGUAACUGUCAGAACAAAGUACAUCAUUUAACCACUUUUGUACCAUUGGCACUUGAGGACACAUCUAUACCCAUUACAUACUGUAGGUGGUACAUGAGUGUGGAUUGUACCUCUGACGGUAUGGAUUUAGACUGCAAUACGAAUAGAGCUGGCAGAUCCUUAAUUUUAUGAAUUAAUCCUGGGCCACUUUAAGGCUGCACAGCAAAAAAGCAGCACUGAAUUCUUAAACAUGGCUGACGUACCAGCGAACCAUUGCCUUAUUACGCUUCUGCAUCAGACAGGGAGCAACUAGUGAAGUGCGAUACCACUGAUUUCAUUUCCGAUUCAGCACUGACUUCAAUUCAGGCUGUUAUGGUCAAUACUGAUCCGAUACCAAUAGUUUGUGCAAAUACACCUGAUGUGUCUGGUGAAUUUUAAAAAGUGGUGUAUUUCAAAUCCUAGCGUAGCUCAUAGCAUAGAGCAUACAAGACUUCACAGUCAUUUAUUGUUUUCAACUCUGAAGAAUAUUGACAAUAUAGCCAAGCUAAUAUACAACAAACAACAGAAAAAACAGAACAAAAUCAUAUAAAAUAUGUGAAAUGGUGUUUUAAACAACAACAAAAAGAACACAAGUAAAAAAAUAAAUCUAUUCAAAUAAAUGAUGAUUUAUUAAGAACUACUAUAACGAUGAAAACUAAUCCACAAUUCCCACAUGGUUAUGUUGAUGAUCGGCCAUCGUUUCAACAGACUAAAAGAGCAGAGCGCCUCUGCACUUAUGCAUUAUGUGCUUACCGGAACUACUAAAAAGUAGUUCCCACCAACAGCGUAUCACUUAGGCAAGAGCGCAAUAAUGAGUUACGUUCCCCUGUGUUCCUGUUAAUGACAUACAUUACCUCAAAAGUAUCAAUAGUAUCGGAGGUAUUGAUAUUUCAGUAUCACGCCACACAUCACUAGGAGCAACUUCAAGCCUGGGAAGCCUGAUUGAAUUCGCUCCCCCUUGUACCUGUAUUUCCUGAGGGAAAUAUGCGGCUGGUAGGUGAUCUUCUAGCGAGCUACAUCAGCAGCUACAUGCUCCGGUUGCACCCUCACGAUGAAGCAAGUGCCACUUUUCCACUGCUCAGUACUGGCUCAGCUCUACUUCGCCUUGUGAUGGACGCAUCAGUAGGAACAACAUUGGAGCAGAACAAAGGUCUCCUGUAUUAAUUUUACUUAAGAGGAGACUGAGGGCAGCAAGAAAAUGGACCACUGCAGAAAAGUGGGAACUGUGGGAUAUAACACAGUACUGUGUCCACAACUAGAAGCACAGUAAGCUAAUAUUAGCUUCUUUUAUUUUUGUCGUCUUUGUUAUUUUCGUGCACAGUGGAUCUCCCUGCACAUUGACGUCCAAAAUAUUUUUUUCUCCAAAAAUAGGCUCUUUUUUUCCGCAGAAAAUUCACCAGUUAUGUAGUCGGUAAUCAGUUAUGAAUACGUGAUAGUAGAGGUAAAAUGUCCGGCAUAUUUUUAGCCCACCGUUUUACAUUUUUAUUUGAGCUGUGUGUAAAGAAUAGACCUUUUUUUGCGUAUCAAUUACUCCCGGAACGUAACUUACGGUAUAUUGUUACGGUAAUGUUAACAUCAGUGACAUAUCUGCCUGAAUGAUGAGCAACCAGCAAUGGUUUACCUAAACAGCAUCGUCUUGGCACACUUGGAACCCCCCGACUCACCAGGCACUAAAAAUAGUACCUGUUUUGUGAGCCGAGUAAGUACCGUGCAGUGGAAAAGGGGCAUAAUGUUCCGUGACCAUCGGAGCCCAAUGGUUUUCUAUCUGAAAUACUGCUUAGUCUCAGUUCUUUCUUUCUGGAGUUCUGCAUUCAUGAACGAGCACCUUCUUUAAAAUUCUAGGUCAGGGCAAUUCCACUCGCGGCCCGUAGGCCAAACUCAGCCCGUGAAUGACCCCAGACCGGCGUACAUGCUUCCCUCACAGCUUUGAAGCGACUAACAAUGUUGCAGCCGAUUCCUAAAAACACUGGAGCACUCCUGUCACAGGAAGGACGGGUAUUUUUGUGGAGUGUGUCCUUAAAACAGCCCUGUUAUAUAGAGGAUCUUUGACGAGUGUAAACAUACUGCUUUUGUUUGAAUUUCAGACUUCAACUCAUUUGAAUAUAACAAUGUAGUCGAAUAGCCCGACAUACUCUUCCUUGAGUUUGACUUCUGAGGUUCUACGCUUUUUGCCAACGCAAACUGCUACCUGCACCAGCGAUAGAGUGCUGCACAAUCUUAUUCGUAAAAACACAAUACACACGACAGCAACAGAGCGCGCUCGGUAGUGCCGAAGGAGUUCGAUAAGUCAGGUGAUCGUUGCGUUGCGAGACGUUACAAAAUCAGGUUUGGCUGACCGUGAAAACCAGGCGUGGCGACAGUGAAGUUCUGUCUACACCUGCUACUAAAGCAUAGAAUAGAGCCAAAAUCUUACAGUUCAUACUCAGGAAGGGUGUGUGUGUGACUGUAAAUGUGACUGUAGAUGUACGAUCACUUGUGUGUGUGUGUGUGUGUGUGUGUGUGUGUGUGUGUACAUUCUGAGCAGCAGCACUUUUGAUGAAGCAUCCGGCGGGUGUACAACACCCAAUGUGGAUAAUCAGCGGACUGUUUUUCAUCCUGUCCUUCGUGUAUAAUGAUGGUUGGGAAUGUAAACACUUACGGGACAAACUAUCUCACCUUUAUUUUUGAUGAUGGAUAGAGCUACUAUUUAGAGGAAGAUUUGUACAGUGAAUUGUAUCCUAGAGAGUGUACAGUGUGUGUAUAGAUAUUCUAACCCUUAUGUAGCCUAUGUACUGUAUGUGCCACGGCGCCCUAUUUCUUCAGUCAUUCCAUUGACGCACCUACAGUAUCCAAGUGGCCCCGUUCAUGAAUGUGACACCAUCUUUUGAAUAUGGCCUCCUUGUGCUUGCACAAUGUCCAAUACAACACACGAUGAUCCAUCCGCCGUGAUAGCCACUGACCUUUUCUAACUCCUGUGAGGUGUUUUUUCUUGUAAAGCAUAAAAAAAACCAACAAAAAAAACAAA